AUGAGUGAGUAUGAGAAUUACGCCUUUAUGCUGCAACACUCUGUCCAAGCCAUCCAACAUGCCCACUCCUUCUCCAUGCAAGCUUUCAAAACAAGGGAGAAGUUGGCCGACAUGAAGAAGGAGGUUUCUGCUCUCAAAAAGGAGAACAAAGCUGUUCUGAUAAAGAUAAAGAAGCUGGAAGAUCAGGCCGAGGCUGCCACUAAGGCCCAACAGAUGGCCGAAGAAAAAGCGGAGUCUGCUGAAGCCAUCAAAAAAGUUGCCGAGGCUGAGAAGAGAGAUGCCGAGGUAAAAAAGGCUCAAGCCAAAAAAGAGCUCGAGGAGGCCCUGGCCACUAAAAACGCCGAAAUUACUAAAGCCGAUGAAAAAGCUUACGCCCAAGGAAUGGCCGAUGUUGCUGAGGAUUACAAACUGCAAGCUGAAGCUAUUCCUCUCCCAUUUCCUCAUCCUGCUCCAUCUUCAAGUCAAGCUGAAGAUGAGUCAGAAUCUGAGGCUGAGGAUGAAAAUAACAAUGAAGAUGAGGCCUUGGUGAGGAAAUCCAAGGAUGCUACUGAGGCCAAGUCCCUUCCUCCAACUGAGCAAGUCAUGGACUUAACCUUAGAUGAAGAGGGUGAUGAGGUUGGGGAGGCGUCUAUGGAAGCUGUUAUAGGGCAAUUAUCAUCCGACCUUCUCUUAGCUGAAAGAAGUCUUGAUAAAACGCUUGCGGAGAUUGAUGCCGAGCUGGCUGCAGAGAAGGCUGCCGAAGUAGUUCUCCAGGAAUCUGUCGAGGUCCAGACCCAAAUUGCUCCUGAAACUAAAGAAUCAUAA